AACAAAACUCAAAAAGACUCAAAACCGUCCUUCCCUUUUCUUCGUCUGCGUGGUCUCUUCUUCUCUCGUAAAACCCAAAAAAAUUUCACUCAAAACGAUCUCUGCAAAGUCUAUCGAUUUUUGAUGGAGCUUUCCGAAACCUACGCUUGCGUCCCAUCAACGGAGAGAGGUCGAGGGAUCCUGAUCUCCGGUGACUCGAAGUCCGAUACAAUCCUCUACACUAAUGGUCGAUCCGUCGUGAUGCUCGACCUCAACAACCCUUUAAAGGUAUCUAUCUAUGGGGAACACGCUUACCCAGCUACUGUUGCGAGAUACUCACCUAACGGAGAGUGGAUCGCGUCGGGUGAUGUGUCGGGGACUGUUAGAAUCUGGGGUGCUUACAAUGAUCAUGUGUUGAAGAAAGAGUUUAAGGUUUUGGCUGGUCGGAUCGAUGAUCUUCAGUGGUCGGCUGAUGGGUUGAGGAUCGUUGCUUCUGGUGAUGGCAAAGGGAAAUCUCUUGUUCGUGCUUUCAUGUGGGAUUCAGGAUCAAAUGUGGGAGAGUUUGAUGGACAUUCUAGGAGAGUUCUUAGCUGUGCUAUCAAGCCAACUAGACCGUUCCGUAUUGUUACUUGUGGGGAAGAUUUUCUGGUGAAUUUCUAUGAAGGUCCUCCUUUCAAGUUCAAGCUCUCAAGCAGAGAGCAUUCCAACUUUGUCAACUGUGUGAGGUUUGCACCAGAUGGAAGUAAGUUUAUUACUGUAAGUUCAGAUAAAAAAGGGAUCAUAUAUGAUGGAAAGACUUGUGAGAAACUUGGAGAGCUCUCACCUGACGAUGGGCAUAAAGGUAGCAUCUAUGCAGUUAGCUGGAGUCCUGAUGGUAAACAGGUCCUCACUGUUUCUGCAGACAAGUCAGCCAAAGUAUGGGAUAUGUCAGAAAGCGGUAGCGGAACAUUGAACACAACAUUGAAUUGUCCUGGAUCAUCAGGUGGAGUGGACGAUAUGCUUGUUGGGUGUCUGUGGCAGAACGAUCAUAUUGUCACUGUUUCUCUAGGUGGCACAAUCAGCAUAUUCUCAGCAAGCGAUCUUGAUAAAUCCCCCUUUCAAUUUUCGGGGCACAUGAAGAACGUCUCUUCUUUAGCUGUCCUCAAAGGAAACACUGACUACAUCCUAUCUGGUAGUUAUGAUGGUCUGAUAUGUAAAUGGGUGCUAGGCCGUGGUUUCAGCGGUAAAUUGCAGCGGACACAGAACACUCAAAUAAAGUGCUUUGCUGCUCAUGAAGAAGAGAUUGUGACCUCCGGAUAUGACAAUAUGAUAUCCAGGAUUUCCUAUAAAGACGAUCAAUGCACAAACGAAGAGUCUAUAGACAUUGGAAACCAACCAAAAGAUCUAAGCCUUGCACCACUCUCACCGGAUCUACUUCUGGUGACCUUUGAGUCAGGAGUUGUGUUUCUCCGUGAUGGGAAAGUAGUGUCAACCAUCAACCUUGGGUUCACUGUCACUGCUUUGGCAGUAACACCUGAUGGAACUGAAGCCAUCGUCGGUGGCCAAGACGGUAGACUCCAUCUGUAUUCUGUUAAUGGCGACUCCCUCACCGAGGAAGCAGUUCUCGAGAAACACAGAGGCGCCAUCAGCGUCAUACGUUACUCUCCGGAUCUCUCUAUGUUUGCAUCAGCUGAUUUGAACAGAGAAGCUGUUGUAUGGGACAGAGUCUCCAGAGAGAUGAAGCUCAAGAACAUGUUGUACCAUAGCGCACGCAUAAACUGCUUAGCUUGGUCUCCAAACAGCAGUAUGGUCGCUACAGGAUCCUUGGACACCUGUGUGAUUGUGUAUGAAGUGGACAAACCAGCUUCGUCAAGGAUGACCAUAAAAGGAGCUCACUUAGGUGGAGUGUAUGGUCUGGGUUUUGCUGAUGAUUCCCAUGUAGUGAGUUCUGGUGAAGAUGCUUGUAUCCGCGUCUGGAGCUUAACUCCGCAAUAAGAAGACUUUUGAGGUAAAAAUUAUGCCCUAAAAGAUAUCUUGUCACUUUGGAAAAGCUUCAACUACUUUUGAAGACUUUUGGAUCUCCUCCGUUUGGUUGUGGCUGUGUUGAUGACUUGUGUGUGAGUGUCUUUUUGUCUACGCAUCUCUGUUUUGGUCUGAAAUUGUGAUCUUUGGUCUGUUUUUAUUUUCAUAUUAUCAGAAGAUUACUGAUAGAGAGAAUGGGACUUGAGAGAUUGAUUACUAUAUAAUACAGUAUUUGAUUA